AUGGCCAGCGACAAAGUACUCAACUGGCUGUACAGCGUACUCGUUAAUGAAUACUCAGACGUAAAUCGCACAUAUCACGACGCGGCCGAGGCACUGUCCAACUACCCGUCGCUUGCGCCCAAGACAGAGCCAUACACAUACGAGAAUGGAUCUUCAGCGCUCCUACUGCUGCUCAGCGGCACGCUGCCCGUUACGUUUCGUGGCGCGACAUACGGCUUUCCGGUAGCGAUAUGGGUGCCUCACUCAUACCCUCGAGAACCACCCAUCGUAUACGUCACACCCGCCCAAGACAUGGUCUUGCGACCUGGACAACAUGUGAGCACCGACGGUAGAAUAUACCACCCAUAUCUGGCACAAUGGGCGAAAUACUGGGAUAAGUCUACGCUCUUCGACUUCCUGGCCGUGCUAAGAGGCGUCUUCGCAAAAGAGCCGCCCGUGCGAUCGAGGCAACAACAGCCACAGUACAAUGCGCCUGCGCAACAAGCACCGCCUCCAGUACCCCCUCCGCCAGCCGACUGGCGUCGCUCAGUACAAGGGAUUCCAGGCGCAUCCUCGUCCCCUGUUCCACCAAAUCAAGCUCCAGCGCCUCCUCCAAAGCCACCGAAACCCCACGAACAAGGCCGCUCCACACCUCAGACGCCACAGGGUCGGUACUCGCAACCCCCUCCUCUACCACCCCACCCUCCGCAACAUCCACAGUCGCCGCAGUCAUACCAGCAGAACCAGAACAGUAGAUAUGAUGCGCCACAACAAUGGCAACAGCAGCCUUCGAGCCAGCAAUAUGCGCCGAGUCGACAGGGUGGUUACAAUCAAGGCUCAGGGCCUCAGCAUCCUCAAACCCAUGCGCAUGGCUUCCCUCCGCAACCAGUACAAAGCAGCAGCCCUGUGAGCCCCAUGGCACCUAAUGGCCAGCGAACAGCUGCCCAGUUCUCGAGAUCAGGGCCUCCACAACCUCCCAAUUUCCAGCAAGCGCAACAGUACCAAGCACCACCGCAAUCUCAACAGCAGUACAGACAACCCCAACCGCCACAACAAUAUCAGCCGCCGCCGCAGGGUUACCCGCCACAACAGCAUCAUCAAUUUCAGCAGUACCAACAACAACCUCAGCAGGCGCCACCAGCCCCUAAGCCCCCAAUCGACCUUCUCGAUGACUCGCUCGAAGUUACCUUGCCGUCACAGUCUGGCAACCAGAUUCCCUUACCGGUACCACCUGUUCCUCCAAACCCUGAAAAAGAUGCGCUUCUCCGGGCCUUGAGUCAAACACUGGUUUCGCAGAUUCGACAGACAGUCUCUUCCAACAUGGCUGCGGUAGCGCCACUUCGCGCGCAACAAGCUGCCCUCCAGGCUGCCUACUCUCGACUACAAUCAGAACUUGGCGAGCUCCAGCAGCUUGACGCGGCGCUUGCGAACAACGAACAAGUGCUGAAAGGCGCCAUGGUAGAAGCGGACCGAGUCAUGGAGGACGCACGAAGAAGAAAGGCACCAGAUGUUGAUGACGUGCUAGUAGCGCCUACGAUAGUCGGAGGGCAACUUUACACGCUUGCUGCAGAAGAAAAGGGUAUUGCAGAUGCUCUAUUCGUUCUAGGUCGCGCUCUGGACAAGGGGCGAGUUAGUACUGAUGUAUUUGUCAAGCAAACGAGAAGUCUCGCUCGUGAGCAGUUCUUGAAAAAAGCCCUGGUCAAGAAGAUUGCAAAAGGCAUGGCUUUGGAUGAGUAUCAGAUGCAUUGA